AUGAGUACUUCAAAAUGUAGACUUCGAUCUUAUUUUCAAGCUCUAACCGAUGUUUUGCGCAAGGGACCUUUAUUCGAAGUUACUCAAGCACAGAAAUAUCAUCAAAUAGUUCGUAAACCUCUAUUCGAUAAGAUACUCAUUGCAAACCGUGGCGAAAUAGCAUGUCGCGUAAUACGUACUGCGAAACGACUAGGCGUGAAGACAGUUUGCGUAUAUAGUGAAGCUGACGGAAAUGCUCUUCACACAAAACUGUCUGACGAAGCUUACUUGAUAGGUCCAGCGCCUUCAUCCGGAAGUUAUUUAAAUAUUGAUAAAAUUAUCGAAGUCGCUAAGCGCAGUGGGGUUCAGGCCAUCCAUCCCGGAUAUGGAUUUCUGUCUGAAAACCCGACAUUCGCAUCUCGUCUGGCUGAAGAAAAGAUUAUUUUUAUAGGACCACCAGCAUCUGCAAUGAUUUCAAUGGGAUCAAAGAGCGAGUCCAAAGAAAUAAUGACUGCAGCUGGCGUACCUGUUGUUCCGGGAUAUCACGGCGCGAACCAAGAAAUCUCCUUUCUCAAAUCCAAAGCUCUCGAAAUCGGUUACCCUAUCCUAAUUAAAGCCAUUAAAGGAGGUGGAGGCAAGGGUAUGCGAAUAGUUUACGAGCCGUCCGAUUUUGAGCUCCAACUUAACUCCUCUAAGCGUGAAGCAAUGAACUCCUUCUCUGAUGAUCAAGUCUUACUCGAAAAGUAUCUUCUCACACCUCGCCACGUUGAAGUACAAAUAUUCGCAGAUAUAUAUAAUAAUGUAGUGCAUUUGUUCGAAAGAGACUGUUCUAUACAAAGACGACAUCAGAAAAUUUUAGAAGAAGCUCCCGCACCAAUGUUAGAUGCAUCCAUAAGAAAUGAACUGGGGAAAAAAGCAAUAGCUGCGGCCAGGGCGGUCGGAUACGUUGGUGCUGGGACAGUGGAAUUUAUUAUGGACACUACAGAUGGAGAGUUUUAUUUUAUGGAAAUGAACACGAGGUUGCAGGUUGAACAUCCGGUUACAGAAAUGGUUACAGGAACUGAUUUAGUGCAGUGGCAGUUCGAGGUUGCUGCAGGAAAUCCUUUGCCUCUAAGCCAAGAUCAAAUUCAACUCAACGGACACGCAUUUGAAGCACGUAUUUACGCUGAAAAUCCUACAAACAAUUUCCUGCCGGAUACCGGUACACUUCUUCAUCUUCGAACACCACAGCCCUCUUCUACUGUCCGAAUCGAAACCGGUUUUGAACAGGGUGACCAAGUUACUGUUUAUUAUGAUCCGAUGAUAGCAAAGCUUGUUGUCAAAGGUGGUGAUCGGGCGGAGGCGUUAAGAGCUUUGAGAAACACAUUGGAUGAUUAUGAGGUUGUCGGUUUGGCUACAAAUAUCGAAUUCUUAAAGCAAGUAGCCUCGCAUUCCGCUUUUGUUGACGGUCAAGUGGAGACUGGAUUUAUUGAAAAACAUAGAGAGGAUUUAUUCCAAUCAGAUCCAAAUAUUCCACCAGAGUUAAUCGCACAAGCUUCUCUGUCUAUUGUCUUGUGUGAGCUAAGCAAAAUGCAGAAUCAAGCUAGUAAUAGUCUUGAUCCCUUCUCGCCAUGGUCUUGUCUUUCAUCAACUCGGCUAAAUUUAAACCACACGAGACAGAUUAUUCUCUGUGACUAUAAUCAUACGGAAUUCACUACAUUUAUAACGUUCAACAAAGAUGGCUCAUACGACAUUAGAAUAGCGUCUGCAUUAAAUGAAUCAGCAAUUUUCGACAAGGUGACAGCUAUUUGGAAUGAAACAGAACGUGAAAUAAUUGCAAAUAUUGGUGACAGAAGAUUCAAAAGCCAUGUUGUGUUUGAUAGACAGCAGAAAGUGGUUGUCUUUGGAGAGAGUUUAAGGGUCGUUUUAAUGAUACCUGAGCCUGGUUAUCUUCAGGCAACUGGAAGUGAUACGGCAGGAUCAGUCAAGACUCCUAUGCCUUGUAGAGUAUCUCAGAUUCUUGCGGAACCCGGACAAACGGUUGAGAAAGGAACUCCACUGAUCGUUCUGGAAGCCAUGAAGAUGGAGCAUCUCAUUAAAUCGCCAGUCUCUGGGACAAUCGACAAGAUCUACUACAAGGUCGGAGAUCUUGUUGAGGAGAAUAAAAAUCUAUUAGGAUUUGUUGAGAAUUAG